AUGGAGGCACCGCUACUUUCGAACUUGGAAGAGGGGGAUGAUUCUUUCUUUAACUACCUCAACUCUCUAUCUCCUUUAAACUCACUUGCCAUGGACUCUUCUCUUUUCACAUCACCCGAUGUCACUUUUUUUGAGGAUUCCACAUUCUUCAUUGCUACCAAUAACCUUUUGGAUACACCAAACCCUCAAGUUGAGUUAUCUAGUCAACAAGCUGUGCAAUAUGGUUCUUGUAGCCCACAAUAUCAACAACCUCUAAUCUCAAGGGAUGAUGAUGUUGACUACCUUCUUGGAUUACUUGACAUGCAAGAACCAUAUGUACAAGAUGACUCUAUCAAAGAUUUAAUUGAGGGUGAAAUGUAUAUUCCAGAAGUUGGUCAGAUUGAAGCAAACACUCAAGUGCCAGAUUGUGAUUACGAUAACUUAAUUACUACAACACAAUCUUUUAUUCCUUUACCACAAUCUACCACUCACACUAGUAAUUAUAAAAUGCAAACUUUUGAUCCACUUGCUUCUGAAAAUAAUCUUUAUGAACCAAUUGCUGCCACUUACACAAAUCAAACAUGGAACAAUCUUCCCAAUUUUGCUCUAAUGGAUACCAAUCCAAUUCAGACAGGGAAUGUCGAGCUUGUGCGUAUUAGACACAGUAUAUGGAUGGGUCUUCUAGACUAUGGGAAGACCACUUAUACUUCUAGCAUCACUUCCUCCUGUUCUUUAAAAUCUGAUGAGAGGAAUGCAAUUCCAGCCUCAAAUCAUUACGGAGGCAUAGAAAGUGAAAUCACGUUUUCUGGAAGGAAUCCUGAACUGCCGGGCUGCACUUCUUCUUUGCAUCUUUCUGAAAACCACCUAUCGCAGGUCCCCGCAUCAAUGGAAAGACAUUUGGGGCCAUCUGAUAACGAAGUUCCGUCUACAAAAGAUUUCACUAGGUUCUUAGUUCACAUUACGGGUGACGAUUUCUGUUGGAGUACCCUCAAAAUGAAGAGUGAACGAUUGGAUCCUUCAAACAUGAAAAAAAAGAGGAAAGGUCAGAUUGAAAAGGAAGAGGAAAGUGAUGAUUUCUGUCCGAAUACCCUCAAAAAGAAGAGGAAAAUCCACAAAUCAGGCCACUGUCAAUGUAAAAAAUCAGGCUGCCUGAGGAAACAUUGUGAAUGUUUUAAGGGUGGUGUUGGUUGCUCCCCAAGCUGUAAGUGUCAAGGAUGCGAGAAUAUAUAUGGUAGAAAGGAUAGGGAGGCGGAAACAAAAUCGGAGCUUGAAGAAACAGAAGCAUUCCAGAUUUUGAGCCAAAAGCAAGAGCCUGUGGAAUCAAAUGCUAUUGGAUCAGUGUAUUCGUAUGAAAAUAUAGAAUGA